UCAGCUCUGAUCUAAAGCGCGAAAUUCCAGCGCAAGCGAUAGUACUGCCACAAUUAACGAAGUUGCUUCCAAAAUUCCCUACAAAUUCUGAGCGAAAGAAGAAAUGGCCCCAUCUUGAUUUAGCAGAUCUUAACUGCCAUUCUCCUUCCCAAAUCGACCUGGUUAUAGGCAGCGAUAUGCUUCCCCAAAUUAUGCUUGAUGGUCUUGAAAGAAUCUCUCGCAACUUACUUGCCCAGAACACCAUUAUCGGUUGGAUCUUGAGCGGCCAGAUCCCAGAAAGAGUUGCAACUUUCUCGACUCAGGUAGAAGAUGCCACAAAUGAGCAUUUGAAUAUGCAACUCAAAAAAUUUUGGAAUUUAGAAGAAGUUCCAAAAUAUGAAGACAUCACCCCGGAAGACGAGAUAUGUGAAGAUUUUUAUAAAUCAACAACGACCCGCACCACUGAAGGGCGUUAUAUAGUCCGACUCCCAUUUAAGUCACGCUUUCCUGACAAAAUCGCCUCAGGAUAUUCUCGUACCGCAGCAUUGCAACAAUUCCUCAGUAUGGAUAAGAAAGGCGAUCUAAAACACCUUUAUGACAGUGUUUUGGAGGAAUACCGUCGAGUUCUCAUAAAGCCUGAAAAAAGAACGACGAAAGUAAGAGUUGUCUUCAAUGCAUCAAGGAAAUCGGGCACUGGCAACUCGCUUAAUGAUAUUCUGCAUACCGGGCCGACCCUACAACCCGAUUUGAUGCUACUGGUUCUAAAAUCGCGCACUUACCAAUAUGUCUUCAAUGGUGAUGUGGAGAAAAUGUAUCGCCAAAUGCUCUUACACGAAGAAGACCAAGACUGUCAAAGACUUAUCUUUCGUGUAUCCACAGGAAGUCCAAUACAAGACUAUAAACUGAAAACCGUCACAUUCGGCGUUAAUUGUGCUCCCUAUCUAGCCAUACGCACUCUCCACCAAUUAGCACAAGACGUAAAAAUUACCCACCCCUUGGCUGGGCCCAUAUUAACCAAAGAAACCUAUGUGGAUGACAUCCUAUCUGGCAGUCAUGACCUGCUCACUGCUACCCAGGCUCUUACCCAAGUCAUCCAAGCCCUAAAAUCAGCCGGUUUUCCCUUGAAAAAAAUCACUGCCAACCAUCCUUAUAUUCUGAAAGACAUAAGUAAGGAAGAUUUGCUGGACACCAACUUCCUCGAGUUUGAAAAG